GCCGUUUUCUAAAUUUGCCCCGUCCGCCUUCGGUUGAGCGCCUCGCGCCGGGCGGCCGUGCCGGUGACGUCAUCCGCGGCGGUGGGCGCGCGAGGCUGGAGAGAGAGGGAGGGCGAGCGAGCGAGCGAGGGAGGAGAGAGAAGAGGCCGCGCGUGCGCAAUUGCGCAGCCUCCCCCGCCGCUGACAGACGCGCAGGCUCGCGCAUCCCGCAUCUCGCAUCCGCCGCAAACGCACCUGAACCGGGAAGGAGACGCAGGAAAAAAGACAACAAAAACAAGACAUCCCCGAACAUGUCUGUGGGUAGCGACUUCGGGAACCCUUUAAGGAAAUUCAAACUCGUGUUUCUGGGGGAGCAGAGCGUGGGGAAGACGUCUCUCAUCACCAGGUUCAUGUAUGACAGCUUUGACAACACGUAUCAGGCAACAAUUGGAAUUGACUUCCUAUCGAAAACCAUGUACUUAGAAGACCGAACGGUGAGGCUGCAGCUCUGGGACACGGCCGGCCAGGAGCGAUUCCGCAGCCUCAUCCCCAGCUACAUCCGGGACUCCACCGUGGCCGUGGUGGUGUAUGACAUCACCAACGUGAAUUCGUUCCAGCAGACGUCCAAGUGGAUCGACGACGUCAGAACAGAAAGGGGAAGUGACGUCAUCAUCAUGCUAGUGGGCAACAAAACAGACCUGGCUGAUAAGAGGCAAAUCACAAUCGAGGAGGGCGAGCAGCGAGCCAAGGAGCUGAACGUAAUGUUCAUCGAGACCAGUGCGAAGACGGGAUACAAUGUCAAACAACUUUUCCGACGCGUGGCCGCCGCACUGCCAGGAAUGGAGAACAUGCAGGAGACGAGCAAGGAAGGCAUGAUUGACAUCAAACUGGACAAACCACAAGAGGCCCCGACCAGCGAAAGCGGCUGCUCCUGUUAAUGCACAGCACCCAAACGGGCAGCUUCAUUUACACCACAUGCUUGUUGUGUUGCUUCCUAUUGGUUAGCUUCCAGUUGAGUUUUCUGAUUGGCUAUUUUGGCCUUUUACUUCUGAUUGGCUGGAACCAGAAUUACGUCAAUCUUCAAUGGUAAAAAUAUAGUACUUUGUUAACGAAAUUGCCAAAAAAACAAAGUCGGAAAAAUUCCAAAAGGAAGAAAGUGGAAGAAAAGAACUUUGUUUUUGAAAAACACGAAUGGUACAGUUUUUUUUUUUGUUUCGUUUUGUAUUUUUGUAUACAU